AACAUGGAAACAAGAAACCAAACAGUUAUUUCAGAAAUUCUUCUCCUGGGACUGACAGAUGACCCAGCCCUGCAGCCCCUCAUCUUCAGCCUGUUCCUGUCCAUGUACCUGGUCACUAUGAUGGGAAAUCUGUUCAUCAUCCUGGCUGUCAGCUCUGACUCCUACCUCCACACCCCCAUGUACUUCUUCCUCUCCAACUUGUCCUUUAAUGACAUCUGUUUCAGCACAAGCACCAUCCCAAAGAUGCUGGUGAACAUCCUAACAGAGGGUCAGAGCACCACAUACACUGACUGCCUCUCCCAGGUCUGUUUUGCCUUGAUUUUUGGUGGUUUAGAGAAUUGUCUCCUAACAGUGAUGGCCUAUGAUCGCUAUGUGGCCAUUUGUCAUCCCCUGAGGUACACAGUUAUCAUGAACCCCUGCCUGUGUGUCCAGCUGAUUCUGAUCUCCCUGCUCAUCAGCACUGUGGACGCCCUGCUGCACACUCUGAUGGUGCUGAGACUGUCCUUCUGCACAGAAGUCCUGGAGAUCCCCCACUUCUUCUGUGAACUUGCUCAGGUCAUCAAACUGGCCUGUUCUGAUACCCUCAUCAAUAACAUCCUGGUAUAUCUGGUCACUGGUCUCCUUGCUGUUGCGUCUAUGUCUGGGAUCAUUUUCUCUUACGUUCACAUUGUGUCCUCUGUCUUGAGAAUGCCAUCAUCCAGAGGAAAGCACAAAGCCUUUUCCACCUGUGGGUCUCACCUGUCUGUUGUCUCCCUGUUCUAUGGGACAGGUUUUGGGGUGUACAUUAGCUCUGAGGUGACCGACUCCCCCAGGAAGACUGCAGUGGCUUCUGUGAUGUACUCUGUGGUCCCUCAGAUGCUGAACCCCUUCAUCUACAGCCUGAGGAACAGGGACAUGAAGGAGGCCUUGAGGAAGCUCAUAGGAAGGGCAGCUCCUCCUCUGUGA